GCACUAGCAAAAAGCGGCAAUGCAUCGUCCUGAAGAAGAAAUGUGGCUUGCGCGACUCCACGAAGGCGCCACACGAUAAGGGCAUAUCAUUGGCCCACGCCUCAGCCCGCAGUCCGAUCGGUGAUUACCUUAAUUGAAAGUGCGGUCAACUUGAUAUCUGCAAUCUCCUGUUGACUCCACCACUUCAUCAAAACCUCCCUCUCAAACCACUCCUGUUUCUCUUUGCUGCGUCCCUCUGCCACGGUCUAUUUCAGCCAACGUCAAAUCCAGUCAAUAGCUCCUCUUAGAUCUCUCGGCGAGCCUCCCGGCGUACCGACCUGACAUUGCGUAGCGUCUUGGGCGACAGGGUCGAUCUAAACAACUUGACUAUGUCGGCCUAUCAUGGUUGGUCUACAACCAGACAUUUUUCCCGACGCCUCAUUGUCUCUACAACGUUGUAAGCUUGGUUCUGGAACUGAGGAGACCCUAGCCAGGAGAAGGCCGAUACUGGUCCACCAGGCCACGCAAGACCUGGACAUGUGAGAAGUCUGAGCUGACUACUAGCAUGGCUCGGAGAUGGUCUGGUGCAAUCAGAACAAGCUUCACAUGUGGAAAAUGCGAUGCAGUGGGUGAUGAGGAGCUGAAACGGCUGCACGUUAGAGGAGCCCGGUGCUCUCAACAUGGCGGUGCAACCCGAUGGAUUCGUAUACCAUCACACCUUCUGUUGCUCUUCUUCUGUCCUUGAUGCUUCCUUCCUGCCCCUCGAGGAUGUGAUCAGGUCGCUCUUGCACAUUCUCGAUCUUUGUUGUCUAUUCGUUUCCUUGAUCUGUUGCACUCACUCGUUCGUGCCUCAGCAUCGUCCAUUCGUUUGAUUUUUUUUUUCUCGUGCUUGUUCAGACUCUCGCGGAUCGUCCAAACGGAUAUCACGGCAACGUGACUUGUCGCAGCAGACAGACUCUGGAGAGCGGGCUACACCAUACCUACUUUUAAUAUCGACAAAGGAAAUCAAGGACGAGAUUACAAGCGCGAGCACCAGCCAGUGGACGACAAUCAGGCAUGGCGGGUGUACGCGAUCCGGCCUUUUGGCGCCGCUUCUCUAUGGCGGUCCACCUCGACGAGGAAAAAGCGACAAUUCCAGACUCCAAAUCGGCCUCGUCCUCGUCAUCGAAAAGUGGAAUUAAACACACAGAUUCAUGGCUGGAACGGACUAGGAAGAAACAACGACGUACUCAUAUCAUAGGAUGGGUCAUUGCGCUAGGAUUUCUCGCCGUGGUCGCAGCCGUUGUCCUGGUCUUUCUCUGGUUCGCUAAGGUCGGGCCUUUCGAUCAAUGAACCGCGCAAAUGGUCAGAUUACCGAACAUAUCUUCCGAUUGACAAGGGCAUCUAUCCCCAACACAAUAGCCAACUGGCAGCCCAUUGAGUGGCCAGCGCAUAUUGAAGGAGCGACAGCCUCGAUGCUGGUAAUCUCCAUAUACGCCUUCCCGUCCGUGCAACAACGCUUCUGCCGAAGCAUUUCUUCUACGCCCGACGCCUCCUCCAGCGAGCCAGUGAGACCAUGAGAUACUGAAGACAAAGUCAGAAUGGUGCUACUGCUCGUGUGCACUCAGCCAUUUUGAAAGGAACGAAGGCUACGGUCCUAUCAUAGAACAUCAUUUUACGACAUGACGAGAAACACGCUUAAUUGACAGCCACUGGAGGCCUAUUAUAUAGACAAUUAAACAAUCCCGAAUCUCAAAUUUUCUACCUACUGAAUUUAUCCCAAGUCCGAGGUCCGUACAGAUUCAGUUCAGACUACAUACAAUCAUAGAGCAGGUUUGAAAUAC